AUGGUGAUUUUCUACACCUGUCUGUCAAAAUCCUUGGGGCUUAUUGAAGGCUAUGGUGGUCGUGGCAAAGGUGGCUUGCCUGCCACUCUUUCUCCAGAGGAGGAAGAAAAAGCCAAGGGACCACAUGAAAAAUAUGGCUACAAUUCCUAUCUCAGCGAGAAAAUAUCCUUGGACCGCACCAUACCAGAUUAUCGUCCAACGAAGUGUAAAGAGCUUAAAUAUGCAAAGGAUCUCCCACAGAUCUCUAUUAUUUUUAUCUUUGUCAAUGAGGCGCUUUCAGUCAUCCUGCGUUCAGUUCACAGCGCUGUAAAUCACACUCCAGCUCACCUCUUGAAGGAGAUCAUCCUUGUAGAUGACAACAGUGACGAAGAAGAAUUGAAGGCACCACUGGAAGAGUAUGUCAACAAGAGAUAUCCAGGCCUGGUGAAGGUUGUCCGUAAUCAGAAAAGAGAAGGUUUGAUCCGAGCUCGUAUUGAAGGGUGGAAAGUGGCCUCAGGGCAUAUCACGGGCUUCUUUGAUGCACAUGUGGAAUUCACCUCAGGCUGGGCAGAGCCAGUUCUUUCAAGAAUCCAGGAGAACCGCAAAAGGGUCAUCCUUCCGUCAAUUGACAAUAUUAAGCAGGACACCUUUGAGGUGCAGCGCUAUGAAAAUUCAGCCCACGGAUACAGCUGGGAGCUGUGGUGCAUGUAUAUUAGUCCGCCAAAGGAUUGGUGGGAUGCAGGAGACCCUUCCUUACCUAUCAGGACGCCAGCUAUGAUUGGAUGUUCUUUUGUGGUAAACCGGAAGUUCUUUGGGGAAAUCGGUCUUCUCGAUCCAGGGAUGGAUGUCUAUGGUGGAGAGAACAUAGAGCUUGGAAUUAAGGUAUGGCUGUGUGGUGGCAGCAUGGAGGUUCUCCCCUGUUCUCGAGUGGCCCACAUUGAGCGCAAGAAAAAGCCGUACAAUAACAACAUUGGUUUCUACACCAAGAGGAACGCACUGCGGGUGGCCGAGGUCUGGAUGGAUGAUUACAAGUCCCAUGUAUAUAUCGCAUGGAACCUUCCAUUGGAGAACCCAGGGAUUGAUAUUGGGGAUGUUUCGGAGCGAAAAGCAUUAAGAAAGAGUUUGAAGUGCAAGAGUUUCCAAUGGUACCUGGACCACGUCUACCCAGAAAUGAGAAGAUACAAUAACACCAUUGCCUAUGGAGAGCUGAGGAACAAGAAGAUAAAAGAUGUCUGCCUCGAUCAAGGGCCACAGGAAAACCACACGGCGAUCCUCUAUCCAUGCCAUGGCUGGGGGCCACAGCUCGCUCGCUACACCAAAGAAGGAUAUCUCCAUUUAGGAGCUCUUGGGACCACAAUCUUGCUCCCAGAUACCCGCUGCCUGGUGGAUAACGUGAAGAGUAAACUCCCUCAGCUGCUUGACUGCGAGAAGGUCAAGAGCAGCCUUCACAAGCGUUGGAAUUUUAUACAGCAUGGUGCAAUCCUAAACAAAGGGACAGGACGCUGUUUGGAAGUUGAAAAUAAAGGCACAUCAGGUAUGGAUCUUAUUCUUCGCAGCUGCACAGGUCAAAGGUGGACAAUUAAACAUUUUAUCAAGUAG